GGGAGUUGUAAUUGGCUAAUCUUAGUGACAUACUAUGACCUUUAGGUCUCUCCAGGUUAACAGGAACCCUGAUCAGUGCUCCACUAUCAUGUAAAGCAGUUUCACUUUUAAAUUUAAAACCGUUUUGCACAAUAUUGUGUCAGCCUCCCUGUGUUAGCCUUCCUUUCCUGAUGUGUUUAGGUCCUUUUUAUCUAUUGGCCUGUAUGAUUGAUACUGUAUUUGUCAUCUCCUGUCCUCAUAUCCUGUAAACCUCUUGACUUGAAAUGCCCCUUAAGUGGAAAAAUACCGGAUUUGGAUUGGUGGAUUUUGUCAGUGAUUUAUUGAUUGAUUGAACAGCAUUGUGUGGAUGUGCUAUCAAGUGAAUGUGUUAUUCUGGAGUCAUCAACAAGAUUCUGUCCUUUGCCUUUCCCCCUUCUCAAACCAGAGUUUUCAAGAAGACCAGUGGCAAUGGGGAUUUGACCCUCUACUUGGGGAAGAGAGACUUUGUGGACCAUGUGACCUCUGUGGACAUUGUUGAUGGGGUGCUGAAAGUCGACCCUGCAAACCUCAAUGGCAGAAAAGUGUUUGUGUACCUCGCCUGCGCUUUCCGCUACGGCAGUGAGGACCUGGACGUGAUUGGGUUGUCCUGCAGAAGAGACAUCUGGGUGAAGCGCGUGCAGGUCUUCCCAGUCCUUGCAGGGGGCAUUGGCAAAACCCCCAUGCAAGAAGCUCUGGUGAAGAAAGCUGGGGAGCAGGCUCACCACUUUUCUUUUGAGAUGCCUAACAAUCUGCCAUGCUCAGUCGCUCUGCAGCCCGGACCUAGCGACAGCGGAAAGGCGUGCGGUGUUGACUUUGAGCUCAAGGCCUAUAUUGCCAAGGCGGCUGAUGACGGCGAUGAGGUCAUUGAGAAGAAGGACACCUGCCGUCUGAUGAUCCGUAAGAUCCAGUUUUCACCCGCCAGCACAAAGGCUGGCCCCAAGGCGGAAAUCACAUCGCCACUUCAGCUGUCGGCCUCUCUGGGAAAAGAGAACUACUACCACGGAGAUCCGAUCUCUAUCAACGUAAAAAUCAAUAAUGACAGCAGUAAGGUUGUGAAGAAGAUCAAAAUAACAGUUGAGCAGAAUACCGCUGUUGUUCUGUACUCGUCUGACAACUACGUUAAGGCCGUCUGCAGUGAGGAGUUUGGGGAAACAAUCGAAGCCAACUCCACCUUCGAGAAGGAAUUCACCAUGACCCCCCUGCUGGCCAACAACAGCGAGAAACGGGGCAUCGCUGUGGACGGACGCCUAAAGGACGGAGACACCAACCUGGCCUCCACCACCCUGUGCGAAAGUGGUGAGAAGGAGAUGCAGGGUAUCAUCAUCUCUUAUAAAGUGAAGGUCAGCGUGUCUUUGUCCAGCGGAGGCCUGCUGGGGAGCCUUACAGGAAGUGAUGUCGUUGCAGAGCUUCCUCUCAUCUUGAUGUCCCCUAAGCCAGCAGCAAACUGGAGUAAAAGUGUCAUUAGUUCAGAUCUGAUGUCACACUCGAGUAGAGGCGCCAGUGGACCAGAGAUGGUUCUCUGUACCAGCGAUUGGAUGAAAGUACCACCAGGAAAACUGCACAUCAGCGACGAUGGACACAGCAAUGUUGUUGCACUACUGACUCUUUAUUUAAAUCGCAAUCACUUCAAUCAAAUCCUCUAUAGUACUAUUGGGUAUCGACUCUGACAAAAUGCUUGUUUGAGUCCCUUUCUUUAGACCAAAGGUUUUCUCACAGAAACAUGCUUAAAUAGUUUGCAGUUGUAACGGUGUGUCUUGUUUUGUUUCACUUCCAAUAAAAACAUAAUGUAUUGUAGAAAAUGUUAACUGUUGUGAAUUUUACAAUUGUGUACAGUUCUUUUCAGAAACAUACACAAAUUGAUGUCAAGCUGUGCAACUAAGAGAAUGUACACAAUUUUACAAUUGUGUACAGUUCUUUUCAGAAACAUACACAAAUUGAUGUCAAGCUGUGCAACUAAGAGAAUAAAUUCAGUGAU